CGGAUAGCUCGAGACUUGAGACCAGGCGGAGGGACCAGAUCCAGUCCAGGUUCGGAUCCACAGCAGGUGCUCAGUCAAACAUGGCCGCUAAUAAAGACGACGGAGGCUGGAAGAAGCUCCUGUGGAACUCGGACACGGGGGAGCUGCUCGGUCGGACCGGGGGCAGUUGGCUCAAGAUCACCUUGUUCUACGUGGUCUUCUACGGCUGCCUGGGGGGGAUCUUUGUGGGAACCAUCCAGGCCCUGCUGCUCACCCUGGACGACUUCAAGCCCACCUGGCAGGACCGAGUGGCCCCUCCUGGCCUGAGCCACACGCCUCGAUCAGACAAAGGUGAAGUGAACUUCCACCCUAAGGAGCUGGAGUCCUACCUGCCUUACACCAAAGCCAUGAGGGAGUUCAUGUCCAAGUACGACGAGGAGAAGCAGAAGGACAGCAUGAAGUUCGACGACUGUGGAACGGAGCCAGAUACCUACAGGAACCGAGGGGACCUGGACAGUUCGACGGGCACCAAGAAGGCCUGCAAGUUCUCCAGAGAGCUGCUGGGACCCUGCUCAGGCCUGGAAGACCGAGACUUCGGCUUCAGUCAGGGCAAGCCCUGUCUGAUUGUCAAGCUCAACAGGAUUGUAAACUUCCGUCCAAGGCCUCCCGCCUCCAACGAGAGCAUCCCUGAAGAGGCUCAGCCGAAGGUGCAGCCCAAUGUGGUCCCUCUGUUCUGCACCCACAAGAAAGAGGAGGAUGCAGAUAAAAUUGGAGAGAUCAAGUACUACGGGAUUGGGGGUGGCUUCCCCCUGCAGUACUACCCGUACUACGGGAAGCGGCUGCACCUCCACUACCUGCAGCCGCUGGUGGCUCUGCAGUUCACCAACUUGACCCGGAACACCGAACUGCGCAUUGAGUGCAAAGUGUUUGGACAGAACAUCGACUACAACGAGAAGGACCGCUACCAGGGACGCUUUGACAUCAAGAUUAACGUUAGGGAUUCAUGACCGCCAUUAGGACCCCUAAGUUAACCCCUCCCCCGCCCGCCUAUAGUAGCAGUCGUCCAUCAGUGAGGGGAAAGGUUGUCCAAGCGCUACUAGUGUUGAACGAAUCACAGGAAUGUUGUGGAGGGACCCACGUGUAAUCUGCUUUCAUCUCUAGCUUCCACGCCUUCUUCUAGCCUUCGACUGUAACGUCGGGCCAGUAAAUCUAUUUAUUCCACUAAAAGACUUGUCCUCAAGGCACGGGACGCCGUCCAUCCCCCGUGCGUCCAUGUGCUCGUCCCCGCGCCGCUGCCUUGCUGCUGUUGGUUGUAGAUGAAUGCACACGUGAUUAAUGAUUGAAACGUUGCACUCCAGGGAACUUCUUUCCUCUUGUUCGUCUUUGGUUUCUCAUCGCACAAUCAGGUUUUUCUUAAUCACUUAAAUUUGUGACGGGUUUUACAACUUCUGCCUUUUUAGACCUUCUGUUUUUGUUUUGCCUUGAACGUGUGUGUCCAGCCUGCUGGACGCCUGCGCUGCUGUGAGGGACGGUGCCAACGGUGGAACGUUUCUUUUCCUUUGUGCUGGAUCUGUGUCGGCGUCGUGCUGCAACUCUGAAUGUUGUAACCAUUUAAAGAUGGGGGAAGACUUUUCUAUUUAUGCAGAUGUACAUUUUGUUUCUUUGCAGAAGAAUGUCAUGUAUAAAUGCAAUACCAAAGUGAGGAGGCGAUGUCAUCAUGCAAAGUGCUAAAGUCCAUGUCUUGCCUUGCAGCCUUUCAGUGGUCCACUAGUUUCGUCCUGGUCCUGGUUCGGAGUAGACCGAACACGUAUCAUUUCAGAAUAAAGCUUUGACUAAAACCUAAAUAUCCCAUAGGAACUCGUGUUGAUGUAAGGUGCUCGAUGCUGAUCAAGCCUUAUUUCAUCAAAGAUGGAAAUAAAGUCCUCGUGAACCUUU